CCUCCAUCCGGAAAUCACUUCCUGGGAGUUGUUUUCUCUGCGGGUUACCCGCAAGUGUUUGUUUGGUGGCGCUUUUUUCACUGUCUCUCCCUCUGUGGGAAACUGAGGCUUUUUGCGAGGUUUUAGCCCGAGAUCGUAAGGGGUUGUUGACUUUAAAGACUAGGUUGACUAGCAGUUAAAGCGGGGAAACUAAGAAUUUCAUCACUUCGCUGGAUCCCGCGAGGGAACCACAGGAAUAGCAGGAUAAAGCAUUACCCUUUUUGCAGUAUUACUUUCCUCAGGACCUCGCCUAUAUACUUGUCUUCAAGGCGCUUCCUCAAACAAAAAGAUUUUAACACCACAAAAAUAAGUUGCGUAGCUGUUGAUGUAGCAGUUGGAGUGGAAAUUAAGUGAGGAGAAAAUAUCGCAGUUACAGAAAAUAUCUCUUUAAAUUUAAAGCUCAUCAUUUUUAAAGUCCUGGAGGGGGCGGAGCUGGGCCUCAGUUUUUUAAAACAAAAUGCUGAGAUGCCUGAAAGUGGAUGGCUGUAAAUGAAUUUGUUCAAAUAACUUUCAUUUGCAGUUGGCUGGUAAAGGGACCUGCGCAACUCACCACUAGAGCCCUGGCUCCUUCUUGAGCCAUGCAUCUGAAUUACUGUGUGGCCUGUGCUGAGGUGGAGUGGUUACCCGUGACUCAGGAAUUGAGCUUCCAAAAAUUUAUUGAACAAUCUGACUUAGUAGAGGAACUUAAAUAUGACUUUAAUGAAAAAUCUGAAUUGAGACACACUGAGACACAGCGGCCUUUUGUGUUUAACUAUUAUAAAAAUGUCCUGGAGAAGAAUAGCAAGCGCUACCAGGCCCUUGGCCAUUUGCUUGAACAAUACAUUUAUGAACUUUUGGAGAAAGUGUGCAAAUUACAAAAGGUAUAUAUCCCACGAGAGGCUGAUAAGGAAGCAAGAAGCUUCUUUUUCAUGAGUGAGAGAGCAUUAACAAAUCAUCAUUCUGCUCUUCUUGUCCUUCUUCAAGACCAUGGGGUCUUUAGAGCUGGUCAAUGGAGUCAGCAGGCAAUAAUACACCAUGGUCUCCAACAUGGAAGUCAGAUACCAUGUAUUCAAAUGGCCUUGCAAGCACAUUAUGAUGUAAUUGUACUAAACCCCAAUGACAAUUUUGUGGACCUAACGACAGAAAAAGAGUGGGAAGUCCUUUUAACACAAAAUGUUGAGUCCUCCUCCAGAAAAAUGGUUCAGGCUGAGAGCUUUUUAUCUCCCCAGCAGUCUCUCCAAUGCAUUCCAAAAAGAUGCAGCAACACCCCUGAAGAACACGUGGCUUACAUUUGGGAUUCCUUCAUUUCAAAGACUGAAGGCAAGGAUGUUGCCUUCAUUGUACAUGGUUAUGGAGGCUUGGUUUUUAUGGACUUGCUUGUUCGUAGAAAGUGGGAAGUGAUGAACAAAGUAUAUGCUGUUGCACUUAUUGACUCUGAACAUCAUGUAGGACACCAGCUGGGGAGUGACAUUCAGUUAUUAGCAUGGAUAAAGCACCACUGCCGUGAAUGGGUAACAAGCCCGAAGCCUUUGGAUAAACCUGCAGCUACUGUUUUGAAAAAGGAGUUUCCUAUGGUUUCUGCUGGUACAGAAAAACACAACUUAGCCCCUUCCUCUAGCCUUCAGUCAAUUUUUAAAUACUUUAGAAAAGCUUUGAAAGCCAAAGAAGCUAUUAAUUUCUCUCAAGUGCCAAUAGUCACUAGAAGCUCCACAAAAAGAAAGCAAAGUACUUAAGUUACUUUUUUGUUAUCUAAGUUUUUUUUUGUCCCACUGAAACUUUGCUAAUGUGGUGCUAGAAGAAAAAAACACUUCCGGCUCAUAUGCAGUAUUAUGUUCUGGCUUGAAAAUAUGAUGUUACCUUUUUAAAAAAGUGAAAAUGGUCUCUUUUGUAGCCUACUGAUGAAUCAGUGAGUACCGUCAUGAAUAUUUUACAGUACUAGUCAAAUCCAAUUACUCAAAUUAGAGAAUCUUUUCUUUUGAAAAAAUGUCUUAUGGUUUAGAGUGACACCAAAACUAUAGUUGAUAGAAAUUAAAUAUUAAGU